AUGCAUACCGCUGCGAAUGAUACAAGGACGGCUUCGACUUGGCGCGGAUGUGACAAUACAGGACUACUGGGCAUGGUGUGUCGACAUGACCAUGCCCUAGCUUUCAUUAAUAUUGAGAAGAGCGGAGAAAAGGCACACUUUGCUCAUACAAUGGUGGACUGGCUACUUGACAGAGCAAAAGAGCCAGAUGACGAGCGACCGAGAAAGUGUGCGUUUCUCUACGACAUUGGCUGUAACCUCGAGAAGGGUAUCAAAAAGGUAUCUCUUAGAAUCAUGACGAUUCAUGAUACAAGCUGA